CGUCAGUAUAGGCGCGGGGCGGCUCAUUUCAACUUCUUCCGUCAACCAUCACCAACACAACUGUGUCAAAGCGUUGCUUCAGUCGGACACUGAUACCGAAAGCAGGCGGUGGAUAUUUGUUUUGUCCGUAGGGUUACGCACGGUCACUUUAAUCGGGGUUAAAGACGGAAUAGCUCACGCGCGCAGAGAAGGAUCAGAAGAGUUACGGAAGAUUCACUUUUCGUGCCCGUCUCUCUCUCACUCACCAUGGCUACAACAACCUGUACCAGGUUUACGGACGAAUAUCAGCUCUACGAGGAGUUGGGGAAAGGUGCCUUCUCUGUGGUCAGAAGAUGCAUGAAGAUAUCAUCUGGUCAAGAGUUUGCCGCCAAGAUCAUCAACACCAAGAAACUGUCCGCCAGAGACCACCAGAAGCUGGAGAGGGAGGCACGCAUCUGCCGCUUGCUCAAGCACAACAACAUCGUGCGACUUCAUGACAGCAUAUCCGAAGAGGGAUUCCACUACCUCGUCUUCGACUUAGUCACUGGAGGAGAGCUGUUCGAGGACAUCGUUGCAAGGGAGUACUACAGUGAAGCUGACGCCAGUCAUUGCAUUCAGCAGAUCCUCGAGGCCGUGCUCCACUGCCACCAGAAGGGCGUGGUCCAUCGUGACCUGAAGCCCGAGAAUCUCCUGCUUGCCAGCAAGCUGAAAGGAGCUGCAGUGAAGUUGGCGGACUUUGGCCUUGCCAUAGAAGUUCAGGGCGACCAGCAGGCAUGGUUUGGUUUCGCUGGGACCCCAGGUUAUCUCUCGCCCGAGGUCUUGAGGAAAGAGCCUUACGGCAAGCCGGUCGAUAUGUGGGCCUGUGGUGUUAUCCUCUACAUCCUGCUGGUGGGCUAUCCUCCAUUCUGGGAUGAGGACCAGCACAGACUUUACCAGCAGAUCAAGGCCGGCGCCUAUGAUUUUCCCUCUCCGGAGUGGGACACGGUGACACCGGAAGCCAAAGACCUGAUCAACAAGAUGCUCACCAUCAACCCUACCAAGCGCAUCACCGCUGCUGAGGCUCUCAAACACCCCUGGAUCUGUCAACGCUCCACAGUGGCCUCCAUGAUGCACAGGCAGGAGACUGUAGAGUGCCUCAAGAAGUUCAACGCCCGGAGGAAGCUGAAGGGUGCUAUCCUCACCACAAUGCUGGCUACACGAAACUUUUCCAGCAAGACAACCUUCAACAAAAAGCCAGAUGGAGUUAAGGAGCCUCAGACUACUGUUAUCCACAAUCCUACAGAUGGACAGAAGGAGUCCAGUGAGAGUGCUCACACCACCAUCGAAGAUGACGACGUGAAAGCGCGGAAGCAGGAGAUCAUCAAAGUAACUGAGCAGCUGAUUGAGGCCAUCAAUAAUGGAGAUUUUGAGGCUUACACAAAGAUCUGCGACCCUGGCUUGACCUCCUUUGAACCCGAGGCCCUGGGCAACCUAGUGGAGGGCACCGACUUCCACCGGUUCUAUUUUGAGAAUGCCCUGAAGGGCAACAAGCCCAUACACACCAUCCUGCUGAACCCGCAUGUUCACCUGAUCGGCGAGGACGCGGCAUGCGUGGCCUACAUCCGGCUGACACAGUACAUGAACGCCAAUGGCCUGCCGCGCACCAUGCAGUCCGAAGAGACGCGCAUCUGGCACCGCCGUGACGGCAAGUGGCAGAACAUCCACUUCCACCGCUCCGGAGCGCCCAGCGUCCCCAACAAAUAAUAUGGCCUCUGAGCUGCUGUUACCAGGGAGACACUUCCUGCCAGCUGAGCAUUCAUCCUGCCUACCCAGUCUAGGCCACGCCCCUGACCUGGCUCACCGCAAGCAAUGGUAGUCUUGUUUACAUAUCGUCACUGCUGGACUUAAGGGAGUAUUCCAAGAAACUGGCUCAGUGGUAAACCAGGUGAAGUUAACCAUGAGGUGCUGGUAAAUCGUCUAAUUUGAAGGACCUAUAGUCCGUCCUCGUUUUCUUGCCUAAAUGACACCUGUGCGUUAUCUGUUGUCAGGUUUACUACUUCCUGUAGGUUAACUUUGCCAGGUUCAUCAUUUAACCAUGUUCUUGGAUUACCCCCCAGUUUUGGAGGUGUGGGCCAACAUGUGAUAUCAUUUCUGUUUCUUUUUUCUUCUCUCUUUUGUUCUAUUUUUUUUCAGUCACAACAGCAUACUUAGAGUCAACACAUACAAUGCCCCAGUGUUGUGGUAAUUUUAUAAGAGCCAAGUUGAUAUGAACUUAACAAACUCCCCCAUCAGUCACCUUGGCAUUUAGACAUCUCAAGCCAAUUGAACAUACUUAGACCGUCUGCACACCGGUUCUUACAGCACUGUUGAUCACUAUCGGUUCUGACAAUUUUGGUUACACCCUCACAUAGGAGGAAGUGUUUUACUUUCGGAACCCAGGAUGUCCACCCCAAGCUUGCACCACACUGUUUUCCGUCCAUGAUGGGACCUAUGUGUAGCCAAUAGCCAGUGUGUAGCUGCACUGGUUUCAGCUAUUCCCAAUAGUAAGAACAAACAUUGGCAUAUCUGUCACCUCUCGGCUAUUCACAGGUUUCAUUACGUGUGCAAUACGCAACACUUUAAAAAAAAAAAUGAUACACAAAUUGAGUGGCAAAAACAUCUUCAGCUUGCUUGUAUUUUCAUUUGUUCGGUUUCUAUUGUGGUUUAGGGACAUUUUGUGUGAAUAAAGUGAAGUGCUGAUAUUGCUUUUAACACUUUUGGAGUAUUAACAGUAGUCUGUGAGUUUAGUUUUUGAGCUUUGACGCCGAUCUGUACCGCACCUGAAGAUGGUUGAGCAAAUAUGUUAUCUUCAUAAAAAGACAAAUACUGGUAUAUAAAUAUGAAAAAAGAAAAAAAUGUACACACAAUCUUUUAGAAUGGAAGUUUAGAACAUGUUUUGUUUGACCAUCACAGCUGUACAGGGAGCAGCUAUAACAUAACACAGUGACAUGUUUAACCAGUAAGGGAAUGUAACAUAGGUCUUUGUACCAUCCACCACUGCAACGUCUUGUUCUCAAACUUGUGGACGACUCGUGAACAAGUUAUCUUCAAUGGUAAAUCGAAAUGAUCUUGUUUGACUUUUGUAUCAAUUUUGUUUUGUUUUGUUUCCUGUAUUUUUUAUACAACUACUAUAUGGCAAAGAUGUGUUUAAAGUGGUGUUUCUCUCCCAGUGAUGUGAUCACUCUGCUAGCUUCACACAUUCUUUCCCCCUUUUUUUGGUUCUACACACUUUUGGGUUCUGCAUGACUUCAGUCUCUGGGUAUAUUUCAAAAUAGGUCCUCCCAUCUUUCGGUAACACUUGCAACACAAUGGCAACCUUGUCUUUGCCAUAACCGUAUAUCACUUAAGACCAACAGUCAUAAAAUGUUUAUGACAUGGACAUAAUGUUUAUGAUUUCUCUAUGACUGUAUCAUGACACUAUUAUGACACUGUAAUGACAUGCUUAUGACACCGGCGUCAAGUAAAGUGUUACCCAUUCUCUGUUGGUUGUGGCCUCUUGCCUCGGAGGAGAAAGAGGAGAAAGAUUUAGUUUCCUCGCUGUCAACUUGGGCAGAGCAACUUAUGGAGGGAAUUCUUCCCAUUCAAAAUCCCUAUUGCAAACGAGAUAUUUUGCAAUAAAAUGAUUAUUGCAAUUCAUAAAUAUAUUUAUAAAUAUAAUUCAAAAUGUAACAAUAAUAACUUCAUUCAUAACUGAAUGUAUUAUAUAAUUAGCAAUUUUCUGAAUAAAUGUUCGAUCAUCAAUGACGUCGAGCCUUACAUCGUGAGGCCACAAGCAUCAGAAAAGGACGUGAGGAACUACAAUGACUUGUACCCUGUGUCUCGCCUCCUCAGUCCCAACACACAUCUUUGGAUCCCUUAAAGUUCUGUUUUUACUCUAGUUCAGGCGGCCCUUAGAAGUGUCCCCUUUACACACUUGGUUAUCCCUACACUAUCGUUCCCUUUUUUCCACUCUUACCCUUUCCUUUAGUGCCUAAACCUCACCACAUGUUUGCCCCUUUCAUUUUAAGCGUAAAGUUUAUUAAGAAGUAUAUAUUUAGAUGUUUUAUUUUUUGGUGAAAAGUGGUGAAUAGUGAAUGCAUAUUAAGAUAUAUCCUUUCCAAGGCGUUACAUUGUGGCGUCUUGAGAAUAACUUCUGCAGACUUAUGUUUGACUGUGCUGAGCCAUUGUUGUUUUGUUUUUUUAACUUGCGGGGUAUAUUUCAUAUUUUCACCUUUGUGUCAAAAAAGAGUCAUGUAAGAUCACGAGGAUUUGGUUUGUGUUCUGGGUAAUAGUGGGGACUUUCAUAAUGCAGAUACAAUUUUAAAGUAUACUGUAAUACUAUAACUAAUGUUGCAAUGUACCACCAAAACAAGCAAAUAUGCUUUCGUCAGAUAAUUGAUUAAAUUUAGGUUUGUCAAGGUACAGACGUUGAAGACAUUAGACUCAGACCCUGUUUUCACAUAAAAGGAUAUUUUUUGUCAACACAUCAGUUUGGGCUUUUGUUUAAAGAAUUGUAGCACCCUAAAGUUGACAUUUUUAAAACAUUAGUUUUCUAAAAAUGCACCGGUCACAAUGGUGUUUUUUUUCCCUCCACAUGUUGUGUAAAUGGGAUCAAAUUAUGUAAAUGGCGGAAAUAAAAUCAAUGUUUGCAAAUAUUUGCAUAGGCCUUACUGUUGGAGGAACAAGAGGAUCACAGUUUGAGAUUGAUACUGAUUUUGAUUUGAUUGAUUUUUUGAGUUGACCACCAACCACCACCAAGUCCCUCAGGGAAGGUUCACUCUAGGCAAAGUUUCACUGUCUCACCCCCCUUGCUCAGUAUACAGUAGUUUGGAUUGCCCAUCAUGUAUGUAUGUAUGUUUUUUUAUUUUAAUAUGAAAUCUACUCUAACUACACAAAAAGUGUAAAUAUCUACUGCCAUCAAUGGGAACUGACUGAUAUUUGAAGAAAUGUUCAAAUAAAACGUGUGAUUUCUGCCACUUGCGUCUUGGUGAUCUUUUCAUUUGGAAACUUACCACUAGUGUGCAGAAAAGAGGUGCUGAAUCUCAUUUGGGACACCAUGAUUUCUCUGGGACUCCAUAUAGGGGCCUACAUGUAUGUAACAUAAUAUGCAUUUAUUUAACCCAGGCGACAACCGUACGUACGCAUGUGCAUCCUCUUUUUAAAUUGCCAUUAAUUUGAAAUUCUCGAGUAGUCAAAAUUAUGUUUUUUUAAAUAUAGUUGGCCUAACUGUAUGGUGAAGUCUUUCAAAAAACGAAUAAGACAAGUGGAACACAUGUACAGUUUAUUAUUUUUUUUGUCAUAUACACACUGCAGUGGCUGGGCAUGUUUUUUCACUGGUUUCAACUUUUUUUCUUGUUUUUCUUUUGUUUAUUCCCCCAGUUUUUUAGUAAAUCACAUGCCCUUGUAGUAUAUAUUCAUGUAUAACUGCCAUCACCAUGGAAACAAGAUGCUUAUUUGAGGAACUACCCAUGUUCUGACACUUUCAAUCAAUAAAAAAAGUUCCUCACUUUUUCCACCUUAAAGCAGUCAUGGUUUUACACUUUGAAUGUAAGUGACGUAAAAAAAAUCAUAAUAUUAUUGUCACAAAGUAGCAUAGAAUAUACAGUAGUCUUCACUGCACAUAGAUGCUGCAAGCCAACCCCGUGUCAAGACGAGACACAGGGGGUAAGAUGUCACGAUCGGUUUUACUUCAGUUUUCUUUAUUUUCAUUUGCCAUUAGAAGCCAUAACUGAUAGCUCGACAAGAAUCCAUAUCUCACCAACACAAGCACACGCACACACGCACGCGCACACACACACACACACACACACACACACACACACACACACACACACACACACACACACACACACUCCAUGCAUUUCUUCAUUCAGCCAAAUGAUGAAGUCCACAGAUGGGAUGCACUGAGCAUGUAAUAUAUAUGUAUUGUUUUUUUUAAAGAUGCAGACCUAUCUAGAAGCGGAUCCAUGUCUCCCUCUACAGGUUAUCUGGCCGUCUCUCUCUCUCACUCACUCACACUCACUCACUCACUCACACUCACACACACACACACACACACACACACACACACACACACACACACACACACACAAAGACACACACUUAUUGCAUACGGUAUAUAGAAAAAUGAGUAUACACGAGGAUUGGCCCUUGCUCAAACCAGUGUACGGUAUGUGUUCUUUUCUACAUGAUGUGGCAGAAAGAGCAUAGGUAUUCACCAAGCUGCUGUAUGAAUGUAGCUACUGUAUCUACAACAAGAAAAUCAUCAGCCAUAUGGUUGUUAAUAUUACAAAAGUUAACAUGGUUUCUCAUGCCAUUGACACAACAAUUAUGUGCUUUGACUUCAACCUCACCUGAAUGUCUACAUAACCCUUUGGUGGCUGGCCAGAUUAACCCUUUAGUGAACGGUCAAAGAUCUAAAAUGACUGUCAUGAUGCCCAUGAAAAAAAUGCCUGUAUAUCUGAUUGCAACACUGACCUUUUGUGAACAUUAAAAUUAAGUUCUUUAGGUUGGUGUUCACCAAAGCAGAAAUGGUACAAACGUCAUCACAUUAACGGUAUUGGUUCACCUCCCAUAUUGCAAGUCACUUCAUAAUUUGGAGAUGUUUUGGUUAUUUGGUAGCAAAACACAAGUCAGACCUACUAUAAACACAACUGGCCUUGGCAAGGACUACAUCAACUCAAUUGUCAUGGUGGUAAUUUAUAUUUAAAGCUCCUGUGUAAAAUUUUAGUAGUUUAUUUCAGAAAUGUAUGCUGCCCAUUCACAAAUGUAAUCUUCUCCACAAACAUGUAUUACAUUAAGAAAUAUUUACUGGUCUAACCAGAGAAAUGUUUUUAGCCAAAGAUGUGUAUGGCUGGUCACUCAAAAUGGUGGAUUUUACACAGAGAGGACCCAAGUUUUCAUAAAUUUCCAAUUUAUGAUAAAUACUUAUAAACUGAUGCGGUGUUGGUAAAUGUUCAUGAAAAUGUGACCUUUAUGAAGGGGCAAGAUACAUUCCAGUAAUGAACUACUACUAAAAUAACACACUUGAAGUGCUAUAGUGUAUGUUGGUAAGCCGUGCCACAGCCCUAAAGCUAUGGUCUACUGCCUUGUUCUACACUUCUUCAACUGAUCCAAACACAACCUCUCUGCAAUCUCCACAAUGCCAGAGCGGUCUAAGUUAGCCUCACAAAGAUCAGAUCCAUGGUGUCAGAGGUAUCACGCUUUUAUUUUACAACAUUUGCAACAACAAAAGACAAAAUAAAAUUCCUCAAACAAAACCGAAAAAAAAAUCUGCUAGUCAACAUUCAUUCUCUUCUUUCGUCACACACAGAAGAGGCCUGACCUGGUAGAACAAACACACACACCUUGCGUCCUCCACUUGUGCUUGUGGCCCCUCCUCUGUGAAGAAAACAAUAAAGUUUCCCCGCUGUCAGCCUAGCCAAAACAAUUUUUGGGGGACCAUUCUUCAUUCACCAUCCAGUUUGCAAAUGAGAAAAUGACUUUACAAUUGAGCUUUUGCAAGAUAUUGAAAUAUAAUGCUGUUGUCAUCACAACGUAUUACUUCCUGGUACGAGGCCACAAGCACAAGUGGAGGACGCAAGGUCACAUAUUGGAACGCACCCAAGGAAACUCUCAGACCUUCAGCCAGGGGCUUUGAAACCAAAGUCAUGAGCUCUGUAAGGGAGCAGGUGUAUGUGUGUGUGUGUGUGUUUGUGUGUCUGUGUGUGUGUUUUAGAGGUGAAGACACUUACGUAGUACAUAUUGGUUUGUUGUUCAGGAUGGUUUGCGUUUACACACAGUGCACAAAUGAAAAACAAAUAAAUCAAAUACACAACCAAAUAAAAUAUAUUCAGGGUGAUUUCUAUCUUCUACGUUGGGAUGAGAGAUGGGGUUGCAGUGUUGGUGACAUGAAACACACACACACACACACACACACACACACACACACACACACACACACACACACACACACACGACAUGCAGAUAUUGUGCCUUAGUGCUGGAGAAUCCACGCACAAGCCAGACACACACACACACACACACACACACACACACACACACACA